AUGGCUGUAGACACAUUAUCUCGUCGUGAAACAAAUUCUCGUGUCCGUCCCGCUGGACAUUUAGAAACCGAUGGUUUUACUGUGAAAUCUCUUUUAAAAAAUGCUAAAGUAAAUGCUCCACCAUCAGCAGAAGCAACACGUAUUCGUAAUAGCAAACCAACUGCUUUUCGUAAAUUUUAUGAACGUGGUGAUUUUCCAAUUGCCCUUGAACAUGAUACCAAAGGAAAUAAAAUUGCUUGGAAGGUGGAAAUUGAAAAACUUGAUUAUCAUCAUUAUUUACCAUUAUUUUUUGAUGGUCUUUGUGAAAUUGAACAUCCAUAUGAUUUCUUUGCUCGUCAAGGUAUUCAUGAUAUGUUAGAACAUGGUGGAAACAAAAUUUUACCUGUUAUUCCACAACUUAUUGUACCAAUUAAAAAUGCAUUAAAUACAAGAAAUCAUAAAGUUAUAUGUACAACAUUAAAAAUUCUACAACAAUUAGUUAUGUCAGCUGAUAUGAUCGGUGAAGCUCUUGUACCAUAUUAUCGUCAAAUUUUACCAAUAUUUAAUUUAUUUAAAAAUUGGAAUUCAAAUUUGGGUGAUGGAAUCGAAUAUGGUCAACAACGACGUGAAAAUAUUGGAGACUUAAUAAAUGAAACACUUGAAGCAUUUGAGCGACAUGGUGGUGAAGAUGCAUUCAUUAAUAUCAAAUAUAUGAUACCGACAUAUGAAUCAGUUAUGCUCAAUUAA